UUGCGAGGUGCCUUCAGGCCAUUCAUCUCUUUAACUAUGCCAUGAAUUUCCUCAAGGGUUAGAUAUCUCUCCAUAUGCUCUCAUCUUAAGUUCGAAAUAGAUGGGAAAUUCGUAGGGAUGGAAUGGUGGUCACUUCUGUUGCACUUGGUGAAGAGCUUCACAUAGUGUUCUCUUGCCAAGUCUUGGAGCAUAUCCAGGUUAGUGAUCCAUUCUCAUGCUUUAUUUCUCAGUCUAAUUAUCUUAUUUAGCUUCCUUCUACUUAGGGUGCUGCUAUGAAAGAAUCUGGAAUUUUGGCUUCAUGGAUGGUCCAGAUGGCUCUUGAUUUCUGAAGCCAAAGGAUUUCCUCUUGCCAGAGAACAUCUUCAAGAUCUUCUCUAGCCUUCUUUUCCUCCUCCAAUAAGGAAGUGGAAGGAUUUCUCGCAUUGAGGGUUUCCAGGGAUUGUAAGUUGUUUGCCAGUCUCUUUUUCUUCUGGAAUAUGUUGUCAAACACUUCAUUGUUCAGGAAUUGGAGCUUGGAGGAAAGGUCCUGCAAGGCACAGGGAAGAGUCUGGCCACGGAUCAAAGAAGAUGAAAGAAAAGGGAGAAACUCAUCAUGAGAAAAUUCAUGAUGCUCCUUAAAUUAGACUUGGCUAAAGCAUAUGAUCGCUUGGACUUAGAGUUCCCGGAAGAAACCAUUACCUUGGCGGGUCUUCCUAAAAGUAUCAUUUGUGUUAUUAUGCAAUCUGUCACAACUGUGGAAAUGCAAGUCUUGUGGGGAGGGGAAACUCAAAGCUUCAAGCCAAGUAGAUGCCUCAGACAGGGAUGUCCCUUUUCCCCUAUCUUUUCUCUCUUUGUGUUGAGAGAUUAUGUCAUUGCAUUUAUGAAGAAGUUAGUUUGAAUUGGUGGAAUCCUGCUAAGCUUUCAUAUGGGACCCCCUGUCCCACUUGUUUUUCGCAGAUAACCUUGUGUUAUUUGCCGAAGCCUCUAUGAAGCAGGCAGAAAUAAUAAACCUUUGUGUUGACAGGUUCUGUGAUGAUUCAGGAGAGCUUGUGAGUAAAGAAAAGUCUAGAGUUAUGUUCUCUAAAAACACUUGGGAUAGUGAUAAGAGACUUAUUUGUGAUAAACUUGAUAUUCAAUCAACUUUGGACUUAGGUAGAUAUCUAGGUGUGCCUGUCGUUCAUGGUAGAAUCACUAGGAAUACCUAUAGCUAUAGGUAUAUCAUUGAUAAGAUUGACCAGAAAUUGACCUCGUGGAAGACUAGAACUCUUUCCCUUGCUGGAAGAGUUACUCUUGCUCUGUCUGUAUUAAAUGCAAUCCCUACUUAUGCUAUGUAGACUUCCUUUCUCCCUGCCUCUGUAUCAAUGUGACCUGACCGAUAAGCAAAUCAGGUGGUUUGUGUGGGGAUCCAAUGAGGAAAAAAGGAAAGUCCAUUUGAUUUCUUGGGAUAAUGUGUGUAAACCUAAAAACCAAGGGGGGCUGGGUCUUAGAACUGCUAGAAGCCUUAACAUGGCUUUCAUGAUUAAUUUGGCAUGACAGGUUCUUAACAAUAUCUCAGACUUGUGGGUGCAGAUCAUGCAAGGCAAGUAUUUCAAGCAUAAAGAUGGGCAGAUUGUGGCAAUGAAGAGGACCAAACAUUCAAGUCUGUGGAAAGCAAUCCUUAAGGCCAUGCCCCUCAUGGAGAGUGUUGCAGUAUGGAGCAUUAGAAAUGGAAAAACAACUAGCUUUUGGCACCAUCCAUGCAUGGAACAUGAUCUCGUCCUCAAGGACAACACCCUGCAGAAAGACCCUUCUAUCCUGGAUGAGUCCUCAGUAGCGGACUGGGUGGAUGAUAAUGGAGAAUGGAACUGGAUUAAGCUCCAAGACAUUUUCCCUCCCAACAUUAUGGCUUUGAUUGCUGAAAUGGAGCCUCCUAAAGAUGAUCCGGGAGAGGAUAAGUGUAUUUGGGGACUGGAAAGGGAUGACAGAUUUCGAUUGAAGUAUGCCUAUAAUCUAGCUGCUGAUCAUUUGGACCCUACAGGAGAGACAUUUUGGAAGGAGUUCUGGAAGUGGAAAGGACCUAGACGCACCAAGCACUUCCUCUGGCUUGUCAUGCAUGAUCACCUGCUCACAAAUAAAUAACGAAGUGGAAAUUGGCCACUGAUGGAAACUGCAAUCACUACAAGGACACAGAAGAAACCACUGUACAUAUCCUUAGAAAUUGCAGGAAGACAAAGGGCAUCUGGGAGAAAUUUAACGCCAAAUUCACUUGUAAAGACACCACCCUGUCGUUCAAGACUUGGAUGCUACGCAACUUGAAAGAUGGUGAUCAUGGAGUUGAUUUUAGUCUGAUUGUGUGUCAUCUCUGGAAACAGAGGAAUGAAGAAUGUUUGGAUGG